AUGUUGAAACUAUUUGUUUUUGUAUUAUUUUUCUUGUCUUUACAAUGUAUUUUAUUUACUAAUGGACUCGUAGUAAGUCAAACAUCUUGUCCAUUACCGCCAAAAUUAAAAAAUAAUUAUGAUUAUGAUUGGAAAUCACGAAAUAAUGAAUGGGUAAAUACAAAAAGUAAAACAGAUUAUUUACUUCUCAGUCUCUCAUGGUCACCAACCUUUUGUGCAUCACUCCCGGAUAGAGUACGUGAUAACGAAUUUCAAUGUUCUCGAAGUGAUUCAUUUGGUCUUAUUGUUCAUGGACUUUGGCCACAAACAUCUGGAUCAUCAUCGUAUCGUGAUCAACCUCGAAAUUGUCGAAAUGAACAACAACUUCCAACAUCACUUAUUAAACGUUUUUAUUGUCUUAUGCCUGAUGAAGAUUUAAUGCAAGCAGAAUGGGAAAAACAUGGUUCAUGUUAUUUUAAAACACCAAUGGAAUAUUUUACAGUAAUAGAAAAUCUUUUUAAUCAAUUAAAAAUUCCUGAUAUUCGUACUAUGAAACAACCAACCUAUAAAACAAUUAGAGAUGCUUUUGUUUCAUUAAAUUCACCUAAUUUAUUUUAUUCAGCUAUUAAUGUUCAAAUGAAUCAAGAAGGUCAAUUAGGUGAAAUCAGAAUUUGUUAUGAUCUACAAUACAAGUUUAUUAGUUGUAAACAAUAA